GAGUUAUUGUGAACUUGUUUCAUCUUCCGCAGGUGUUUGAUAUAGUACACCGAAGAGUCCCUGACUCGUAUUACAUGUAGUAUUUCUGAUGUGCAUGGUACAUCUACGAGAUUACGAGAGAUAACUAUGGAAUUUGCUAAUAGUUUGCGGUAUUCAAACUUGAUAUGUGGCGGUGAGGGCACCCGUUGUUACCAGUUGGAUGUAAAUUGGAAAUCUAAAGGGAGGAGUUCUUUUUCUAGUGUUUAUGGAAACACAAGAGUGAAAAAAAAUAAGAAUAUAUCUGCGUCUUCUUCUUUGAUUAAAGGAGAAAUUGGUAAAGAUUUGUGGGGAGGUAGGGGAUUUAGGUACUUCAGUUCCAGGGUUGGUAAUAAUUUCUGCACUUCAUUAGGAACGUUAUGCUGUCAAGGCAAUGAUUCCAUAGCUUAUAUCGAUGGAAGUGAGCAAGAUGUCAAUAAGGUUGAAAGUGAUAGUGAAGAUAGCCAAGGAGUGGAUAGUUCAGGAAAAGAGACUGGGGGAGAAGAGAAGGUGCCUAGCUUGGAUGAAUUAAGGGAAUUGUUGCAGAAAGCCAUUAAUGAGUUAGAGGUUGCAAGGCUCAACAGUACCAUGUUUGAGGAGAAGGCCCAAAGAAUAUCAGAAACUGCGAUUGGAUUAAAGGAUGAAGCUGCAAAUUCUUGGAAUGCUGUUAAUUCAACCUUACAAACAGUCAAUGAAAUUGUCAGCGAAGAAACUGUUGCUAAAGAAGCUUUUCGAAAAGCAACAAUGGCACUUUCUUUAGCCGAAGCAAGACUUCAAGUGGAAAUGGAUUCAUUAGAAGCAGCAACGAGUAGAAAUGGUUCCCCAGACUUUUCAAGAGAAAGUGACUCAGAAUAUGAUAGUAACGAGGAAGGACUGAAUUCUUUGAGAGAACAUGAAGAUACACUACUGGUUGUGCGGAAUGAUGUUAGAGAGUCCCAGAAUACACUGGUCAAUUGUGAGUUUGAACUGAAACGGGUGCUUUUCAGAAAAGAGGAGCUGCAGAAAGAAAUAGAUAGGCUAAAUGAUGUUGCAGAGAAAGCAGAACUUGCUGCUUUAAAAGCAGAAGAGGACGUGGCAAAUAUUAUGCUUUUGGCAGAGCAAGCUGUUGCCAUUGAACUUGAAGCUGCUCAACGUUUAAGUGAUGCCGAAAUUGCCUUACUGAAAGCAGAGAAAAAUCUCUCUUCACAAAUUGAUAACCCAGAAGUACCAACUCAACAAAACGGGUCUUCAUCUCAAGGACAUAUUUUAAGUAAAGAGACGGUCAUUGAGGAGGAAUGGGUGAAUCAGGAAAAGUCAGGAGACACUGCAACUGGAAAGGAUGGGAAUCAAGUACUUGAAGUUGAUUCUUUGUUGGGUGAUUUUAAGCCUCUUAACCAGUUUGAUGGACCUGAAAAGGGUCUUGGAAGUACUAGUUUAUCUUAUGAAAGUGACCAGGAUAAUAAAAAAGUAAAUGCUGAAUCAUUAAAAGAAAUUGAAUCAGAUUCAGAGAAGUCCAAGAACACAUCUCAAUCCAAAAAGCCGGAGAUCCAAAAGGAUCUUACCAGGGAUGGGUCACCUCUCAACUCUCCCAAAGCAUUACUGAAGAAAUCGUCUCGUUUCUUUCCCGCUUCAUUCUUUUCCUUGGAUGGCACAGAGUUUACACCAUCAUCGUUUUUCCAAGGUCUUGUGGAAUCUGGCAGGAAGCAAUUGCCUAAGCUAAUUAUUGGUUCAUUGCUUAUUGUUGCUGGGGCUGCCUUUUAUAUGAAACGGGCAGAUACCAUCAACCAAUUAUUUCAACAACCAGAUGUUAUUACCUCAAGCAUUGAUGAAGUUGCAACAACUUCAGAGUCUUUUGUCUACCAAGUUCAGAAAUUGCCAAAUAAAAUUAAGAAACUAAUCAAAAUGCUUCCACAUCAAGAGAUGAAUGAUGAAGAAACUUCUCUUGUUGACAUGUUGUGGCUGUUGCUGGCUAGUGUAAUAUUCGUCCCUAUUUUCCAGAAAAUACCUGGAGGCAGUCCUGUCCUUGGGUAUCUGGCUGCUGGCAUUUUAAUUGGACCUUAUGGCCUCUCUAUUAUUCGACAUGUACAUGGUACAAAGGCAAUUGCUGAAUUUGGAGUAGUUUUCUUGCUCUUCAAUAUUGGACUAGAGCUCUCUGUUGAAAGACUCAGUUCCAUGAAAAAGUAUGUCUUUGGAUUAGGGACUGCUCAGGUAUUAGUGACUGCUGUUGUUAUUGGAUUUGUGGCUCACCUAGUCGCUGGGCAGCCUGGUCCUGCUGCAAUUGUAAUCGGGAAUGGGCUUGCAUUGUCAUCUACAGCUGUUGUCCUUCAGGUAUUACAAGAACGAGGUGAAAGCACAUCUCGUCAUGGACGAGCUACAUUUUCAGUGUUACUAUUUCAGGAUUUGGCUGUUGUGGUGCUAUUAAUACUUAUACCUCUUAUUUCACCCAAUUCAUCAAAAGGAGGGAUUGGGUUCCAAGCAAUUGCUGAAGCUCUUGGUUUGGCUGCUGUAAAGGCUAUUGUAGCAAUUGCAGCAAUAGUUGCUGGAGGACGUUUGCUGCUUAGGCCAAUAUACAAGCAAAUUGCGGAGAAUCAAAAUGCAGAGAUAUUUUCUGCAAAUACACUUCUUGUUAUUUUGGGUACCAGUCUCCUUACAGCCAGAGCUGGUCUUUCCAUGGCGCUGGGAGCAUUUUUGGCCGGGUUGCUUCUUGCAGAGACAGAAUUCUCUUUGCAGGUUGAAUCAGAUAUUGCUCCAUAUCGUGGCCUUCUGUUGGGACUCUUCUUCAUGACGGUUGGAAUGUCCAUUGAUCCAAAACUACUUGUUUCAAAUUUCCCUGUUAUUAUGGGUGCAUUGGGUCUCCUAAUUGGAGGAAAGGCUCUAUUGGUUGUCAUUGUUGGUCGACUUUUUGGCAUUUCAACAAUUUCUGCCAUAAGAAGUGGUCUUCUACUUGCUCCAGGGGGAGAAUUUGCAUUUGUGGCUUUUGGGGAGGCAGUUAAUCAGGGUAUUAUGUCUCCCCAGCUGUCAUCAUUGCUGUUUCUUGUAGUUGGUAUAUCAAUGGCCAUCACUCCAUGGUUAGCUGCUGGCGGUCAGUUAAUAGCCAACAGUUUUGACUUACAUGAUGUACGCAGUUUGUUGCCUGUGGAGAGUGAGACUGAUGAUCUGCAAGAUCAUAUAAUUAUUUGUGGAUUCGGACGUGUUGGUCAGAUCAUUGCACAGCUUCUUUCAGAACGACUAAUUCCUUUUGUUGCCCUUGACGUAAGGAGCGACCAAGUAGCAAUUGGCCGUGCACUUGAUCUUCCUGUUUAUUUUGGCGAUGCUGGUAGUCGAGAGGUUCUCCAUAAAGUUGGUGCUGGAAGGGCUUCUGCAGCAGCAAUAACCUUAGACUCUCCUGGCGCAAGUUAUAGAACCGUCUGGGCUUUGAGCAAGUAUUUUCCCAAUGUGAAGACAUUUGUCCGAGCUCAUGAUGUUGAUCAUGGACUCAAUUUGGAAAAAGCUGGAGCAACAGCUGUUGUACCAGAGACUUUGGAACCAAGUCUACAGCUAGCAGCUGCUGUUCUUGCACAAACAAAACUGCCAAUGUCGGAAAUAGCAGCAACUAUCAACGAUUUUAGGUCCCGACAUCUUUCUGAGCUUACCGAGCUAUGCGAAGCAAGUGGGAGUUCUCUUGGUUACGGGUUCUCUAGGGUGAUGAGCAAACCAAAAUCUGAUGAUAGUCAAGCCAUUGAAGGAACUCUAGCAUAAUAACGACAUGAAUUGUACAUAAAUUUCCCCCAUUCUUACUCCCGCCAAAAAUCAUUGAUUUAAAAAGGGAGUCUCUUCUUGUUUUCAUUGAUGAAUUUCAA